UUUGUGACCGCGGUAGCUGUGAGUCAGAGUUUUUUGAAAUUUGUUUCAUUUUUGAAUACGAUUUGAUGUUACGCGGUAAUUGGCGGGAGGCAAGGGUCAAUUCAGAGUGGAAUUGGGCAAUUCGUGAAAAUAUUAAGCUUUGGAAUCUUUGCAAAGAAAAAGAGGCAUCAAUUUCAAUGGGGAAUCAGCAAGAGCAAGAGCAAGAGCAAGAGCAGACAACCACCGCCACCGCCACCGCCACCGCCCUCGCCAUGAAGCACAACCCCGGCAUCUCCCUCGAUUGGACUCCCCACGAACAGACUAUUCUUCAACAAGGACUCUCUCUGUUUGCGUCUGAAACUAAUCUCACCCGCUAUGCAAAGAUAGCACUAAAUCUUAAAAACAAGACAGUUCGGGAUGUAGCACUGAGAGUCAGGUGGAUGCAUAAAAAAGAAAAUGGCAAGAGAAGGAAGGAUGAUCAUAAUUUUCCAAAGAAAAUUAAAGAUAAAAAGGAAAAGGUUUCCAGUCCUGCAGCAAGGUCAUCUCACUUUACUGCUCAACCUGAUGUUUCCCUGUAUGCUCUUGCAAUGAUCAUGAUGGACAAUGAUGAUGGCAUCUCUCACAAAGUUAUUGGAGGCCCCACAGGUGAGCUCUUAGAGCAAAAUGCACAGGCCUUGAAUAAAAUCUCAAGCAAUCUUGCUGCUCUUCAGUUUCAGGAUAACAUCAAUCUUUUCAGCCAAACGAGAGACAACAUAAUCAAAAUUUUGAACAACAUGAAUAACAUGCCAGAGGUAAUGGAGCAAAUGCCGCCUCUUCCUUUUAAGAUCAAUGAAACGAUAUUCAACUCUAUACUUCCAACAACAAAUCACCAGAUGCAAUAACGAUGUUUUGCUCGUUCAUCUUGGGCUUGCCUCUUCCAUAUUUAUGCUGCUUACAGUCAAAUUGACCCAGCAAAGCAUUAAAGAAGAAAGAAUGGAAUAAGUCUACCCCAUCCAGCUGAAUUAGCCUUCAUCUUUUUUAACAUGCUGGUUUUCCUGCUCUUGUUCUCUUGUUAAGUUCUUAACUUAAUUGGAGUAUAGGAACCAGUGCUCAUUAUUUUGGGGUUGAAUUUAGGAGCUGAUAACAAUAAGUAGAACUUAGUAAUUUGUAAAUUUUGUUCUCCAUAUUUUAUAUAAAUGGUAGACAUUGUUUCCUUGUUUCUGCU